AUGGUGGCAACUGGUCCUGAAGCUGGCCGGGCGGAGCAAUCUGUCACCGCCUUCACUCAGUACCAAGGGCUGCUGCAUGCGAUCAUGAGCCCUCACCACCAUCUCUCAGUCUCCAUGUACAUCAUCAUAUGUCUUUGCUACUCGCCGGGUAUGGCUACCGCGCUAUCCUUCAGCUUCAACUUCUCCAGCUCCGGCUCCGGCUCCGGCGACCUCUGCGACACGGAGCUCAGGUGCGAACGUGACACGCGCAUGGGCUCUGGCGUCAUCGAGCUAACCAAGAACGAGAUAAACGGCAACGUCUUAAGCGUCGGUCGGGCAUCGUACGCGCGCCCGGUGAUGCUCUGGGACGACGCCUCCGGCGAGGUUGCCAGCUUCUCCUCUAGCUUCACGUUCCAGAUCAAGCCCAAAAACAGCUCGGACGACCAUUUCGACCUAUGUAACUUCACUACCGCUGCCGACGAUAAUGCUGACGGUAUGUCUUUCUUCCUGGCGCCCUACCCGUCGAGGAUCCCUCCCAACAGUUGGGGCCCCAACUUCGCCCUCUUCAAUACGAGCAACUGCUUCAAUGCCACCGGCGAUGACCGGAUAGUCGCCGUGGAGUUCGAUACCUACCUCAACGACUGGGACCACAGCGACAACCACGUCGGCAUAGACGUCAACUCCAUCGACUCCAAGUCCUACAUGAACGUGACCAAGCGUAUGGUCUCCGACGACGCCACCAUGACUGCUGAGAUCAGCUACGACAACCGCACGGGUAUCCUGGUGGCUCGAGUCCAGAUGGACGGCGACGAGCGGAUUUACAACGUAAACACGUCGCUGGACAUGAAGAGAGAGCUGCCCCUACAAGUUGCAGUUGGCUUCAGCGCAGCAACGGGUUUCUGCGCCGAGCUGCAUCAGGUGCUGUCUUGGUCGUUUAGCUCCACUAUAGACGAUGAUGCCACCGCGACAGCAAGUACCGUUCCCCGGCUGCGACGUCGAUCACUGGUGCCUGUGCUAGUGCCUUCCGCGGCAGCUUUUCUCGUGUUGCUCUGCGGCGGCGCCGUCAUAGUCCGUCAGCGGCGCAAGCGUGAGCAAGCUGAGUUCGAGAAAGGUGUAGGCCCUAGACGGUACCGUUACCAUGAGCUCGCGGCCGCCACCAAGGGUUUUGCGAAGGAGGGGAAGCUCGGGCGUGGUGGCUUCGGCAGCGUCUACCAGGGCAGCGGUCUUAGCGACCAAGACAGCCUCGUGGCCAUCAAAAUGUUGUCUCCGGAAUCGUUUACGCAGGGGAGGAGAGAGUUCGAGUCAGAGGUGAAGAUCAUCAGCCGGGUGAGGCACCGCAACCUUGUGCACUUGCUAGGCUGGUCCGACAGCAAAAGAGGGCUCCUGCUCGUCUACGAACAUCUGUCGGAAGGCAGCCUCGACAAGCACAUAUACAACACCAAUCGUCCUCUCACUUGGUCAGAAAGAUCCAAAAUUAUCCUUGGGCUGGGAUCUGCACUACGCUAUCUCCACACAGAGUGCGAUCAAUGCGUACUGCAUGGUGACAUCAAACCCAGCAACAUGCUCCUCAUCUCAUCACGCGGCACCAAGCUGGCGGAUUUCGGGCUGGCGAGGCUUGUGGAUCAUGGAGCAGGGCCGCAAACGACUAAUAUCAUCAAGGGCACCGAAUGGUACAUUGACCCGGAGUUUAUUCGCUCACGCCGGCCGAGUACCGAAGCGGACGUCUACAGCUUCGGCAUCGUUCUGUUGGAGGUUGUGUCCGGUAAAUCCCCAGGGAUGGGGAUGGAACACCGGGUCGACGAAGUCAGCCCGCUGCUCAUGUGGAUCUGGGACAUGUACGAGAAGGGCACCAUCCUUGACGCAGUGGCUAACAUGUUACCCGGUGGUAACCAGCAACUCGACGACGACUGUAAGCGGCAGAUGCGCCGUGCAUUGGUCGUCGGACUCUGGUGCACGCACCCACGCAUUGGCACGCGACCGUCCGUUGUGGAGCUCAUGAACGUCUUGCAAUCUGAGGAUGUCAUGCUGCCGACCCUGUCAUGGUCGAUGUCCGGCGGUUCCCUUGGAUCACACGGACAUAAUGCAUCGACAUCGGCCAAUUGA